AUGGGCAAGCAACCCAACCUCUACAGUUUUCCCACCGUCGACGAAGUCGCGGCGCACCUGCGCACCUACAUUCUCGCGUGCCAGAAAGCCGCCCUGUUGCGUCACGAUGCUUUCAAGAUCGCCGUGUCCGGAGGCAGUCUACCUGCGACACUGACCAAGGCGUUGCUGGUGGCUGGCGAGGACGAAGACAGCGGCCCCCAAUUCUCCAAAUGGCACAUUUUCUUCGCCGACGAGCGGGCCGUGCCUCUCGACCACGAGGACAGCAACUACGGUCUGUUGAAGAAGGACCUCUUGGACAAGAUCCCCGAGGAAAUGGGCAAACCGCAGGUCUACCCCAUCGACAUCAAAUACCUGAACGAGACACAAGAGCUGGCCGACAAGUAUCAAGAAGUUCUGAUGGCCAGCUUUGCCCAGAAGGAUUCGGUCAGGCUGCCCGUCUUCGACUUGAUUCUCCUCGGCUGUGGCCCGGAUGGACAUACCUGCAGCCUAUUUCCCGGACACGAAUUGCUGCGCGAAGCCGACGCCUGGGUCGCCGCCAUCGAGGACAGCCCCAAGCCCCCGCCGCGACGAAUCACGUUGACGCUCCCGGUGGUGACGCAUGCUCAUAAGAUCGCAUUCGUGGCCACUGGCGGCGGCAAGAAGGAGAUUUUGAAGAAGAUCCUCGAAGCCGACGACGAAGGUCGAAGUCUGCCCUGCGGGCUCGUCAAUGAAGCCGCCGGCGAGAAAGUCAGCUGGUUUACAGACCGCGCGGCUGUGGAAGGAGUUGCUUUUCCCAGGAGGGGAAGUUUGUGA